UCUACUAUAUAUAAAACCAACAAUUAUAUAAACUUUUCUGAUAGCGUUGUCACUUUUUACACAACUUCUCUAUUCGUUAUCAGUUGUAGAAAAGUUAAAAAAGAAGUUUAUUUAAUCUCAGGUUAUUUGCAUAUAACUUGGGGAUAGUACAUUAUUCCUUUUGAAAAUAGGUACCUUUUAUUGUUUUUAUAUUUUUGUACCAAUAUCUUGAAAACACUUAACUUUAAAGUGCUAGUUUGUGCUUUUGAGAAGAGAAGUUCUAAAAGCUAUUAAAUUAUGGUUAUAUUUUCUUACUGGUUACUUGAUCUGUUGAACUACAGCUUUACAUAUACUUUUUUUUAGCAAUCUUUCAUUUCAGUUCUAAAGGCUAGGAUCCAGAAACAUAUACUUGAUGCUAGUUACAGUAUAUAUGUAUAUAUUUCCCAACAAGGGAUCUAUGCAACAGAAUUAUUAUCUUCUCAACUUAUUAUCUGAAGAUCAUAUAAAGAGGUUGUUACAACAGUAUCCUCAACAACACAAGCCAUAGCUGUACCUCAACCCGGAGGUGCUGUAUCCAUUGUUCAUGUUUCUAUUCCUAGUGGUACUCAACCAAUGUAUGUGCAAUCUGUUAUUCAGCCUAACCAGCAGUCUGUAAUACAAGCACCAGGAGGAACUGGACUUCAGUCGUUUGGAAAAAAUGUGAUUCUGUUGAACAAGGGAUCAGUGAUUCACAGCACUGAAGGAGAUGGAGGGGUUCAUCCUGUUCAACUUAUAACAACAACCACCAAAGGUGAUGGUAGUGAGGGGGAUGGAAUAACACUUGCUCUAGGUACUGGAGAAGAUGAAUCCAGGAAAAGACGAGAAAUCCUAGCAAGGCGUCCUUCCUAUCGGAAAAUUCUGAAUGAGCUUUCAUCUACAGAACCUCAAGGACCCAUGAUUUCUCUUGGAGUUGGCUCCAGUGUUGAAGUAAAAGAAGAAAGUGGAACGGGAGGUGACAGUAGUAGUCAGGAGUCGGACAACAGUAAUGCAAUGGCAUCAAAUACCAUCACAGUGGCAGGAACACAGUACCAUACUGCCCAAGGUUUGUUGAAGGUGGUUCCAGCUUCGGCUAUUCAGCUGGCUACAGGCUCACAAGAUAGCAGUCUUCAAGGGCUUCAAACAUUAACUAUGACCAAUGCAGGCACUGCAGCCACAGGAACUAUUGUUCAAUAUGCCCAAGGACAAGAUGGCCAACAGUUCUUAGUGCCAGUCACUUUGUCAGCAACUGACCUUCAGGCCUAUCAGAUCAGGACAGCAGGCAUGACUACAAACACUGGACUUCCACAGAGUGUUGUCAUGACACCAGCUACUACUAUCCAGAAUCCCCAACAGUUAGCAGAAGAGACAUCACGACGAAGAGAGCUCAGGCUUCUAAAGAAUAGGGAAGCAGCAAAAGAAUGUCGAAGAAAGAAGAAAGAGUAUAUUAAGUGUUUAGAAAACAGAGUGGCUGUCCUAGAGAAUCAGAACAAGGCUCUCAUUGAGGAACUAAAAUCUCUGAAGGAACUGUAUUGUCAGAAGAAUGAAUGAAGCUUUGCUUAUCAACCUCUACUGUGAUUUAACCAGACCUCCACCUUGCUGCUUUGGGCAUGAAAUUGUGGAGUUGCUUACAGGGUAGUUUGGAAGUAUAAGAUGAUGAGAGAGAGAGUUAUUGUAGGUAGAUGGAGACUUGGUACAUUUACCUGUCUACACUGUUGGCUGAUGAGCUGAGGGCCAUGACAUGUUGAAUAUUAAUGUUAAAUAAGCAGAAAUGUGAAACGACACAGUUCUUUGUGUUGUAAUCAUAAAUACUUGCUGUUUUAUAUAUCUUGUCACACCUAAAACGUGUGUGUGCUUGUGAACAAGUAGACGGAUACAUUUGAUUUAACACCACUUAUACAAAAAGAAUCCUUCUGUUAGUUUAUUUUUGGUUUUGUUGUGUUGUUUGAUACCUUCCCAGUGUUUUUUUUCCUAUAGUAUAUAUAUAUAUAUGUG